UUUUUUCUUCCUUCUUUUCUUCUUUGCUCGCUGUGUUCAUUCGUGACAUCACUGAGCCACUAAAAGCCACAUGGGCAGAAGGAGAGAGGAAGAGAAGGAGAGAGAGUGUCAGUGAGAACAGUGCGCACACCAGACUCCACCAAGCUCUCUCUUUCUCUCUCUAUCUGUCUAUAGGAGGAAAACCAGACCUUCUGCUGCUCUUCUGACUUGACUUCAGGAGGUCCAUGCGUUUGGGAAGCUCUCAGAGAUGGAUGUUUUGGAUGGAGGACCCUGAGAUGGAACCAGCAAUGAUUUGAAAGGAAGUAGCCAAUUACUGGUGCUGGGCAGCUGAGUUCUGAAGAGUUUGGAGUUCUUCUGCUGGACUUUCUCCUCUGGAGCUAGCAGUGCGUGCACGUAGUUAGGGCACGCGCGUACGCACACACGUUUACGCGCGCAUACUGCAUACACCCACCACAGCACUCAAGGUCUCAAAACACAGUUGGACUCGAUUGGACAAGGUGGUGAAGGUAGACUACAACUUCUGGUACAAUCUGGAUUGAUUCUUCAGUGGAGGCUUCUACAUCUUAUCUUCCUCUACUGAUGGACAGACUGCGAGUGCUUGGUUAGAACCUGCUGAGGAGGUUCUCCAGUUCUUUAUCUGGGACUAUGACUUAGGGUCCCAACCGUCUACGAUACGCUUGCGUGUUAACGUCCAGCAGACGUGAGCAGGAUGAGGUCCAACUUUAGAAGCUAGAAGAAGAAUAAUAAGAAGAAGGACAUAAAGGAGGAGGAGGACCCACAGUGACGGACAUGGCUAAGUGGUACCGGAGACGCCAAGUGGACGCGCGCCUCUGCCCGUGCCCGUGUGAUUAAGCGCCACCAGCCCCCAGGUCUUGACCGACCGGGCGCUGGGUGACCAUGCGCUCCGCCGCGCUGCGCCGCGCGCUGCCCCUCCUGCUGCUGCUACUGGCUUACGCGCGUCUCGGGGGCUCCGCGGGGCUCGUGCCCGAGCCGGGCCGCAGGAGAUACGCUGCGCCCUUGUCGCAGGACACCCUCAGCACCUUCGAGGCGCGACUCCUCAGCCUCUUCGGCCUCAAGCAGAGGCCCACCCCCAGCAGGUCCGCCGUGGUUCCGCGCUACAUGCUGGACCUGUUCACUGCGUACUCCGCCAACGCGGAGCCAAAGCACGGCGCGAGCAGGCGCGCGCUCGGGAGAGAGUCCGAGAAGUCCGCCAGCCGCGCGAACACCAUAAGAAGCUUUCACCAUGAUGAAUCUACAGAGCAGCUGUUGAGUCAUGGCAGAAAGACGACUCAAAGGUUCCUCUUCAAUCUGAGCUCCAUCCCUGGAGAGGAGUUUGUCACUUCAGCCGAGCUGAGGAUUUACAGGGAGCAGGUCAUGGCGGCCACCAAUAGCAGGAGCAGCAGCAACAGCAGCAGCCUCGCUGGGCGCCAUCGCAUUAACAUCUAUGAGAUCAUGAAGCCUGGGCGUCCUUUGAAAGAGCCCAUUACGAGACUCCUAGACACCAGGUUGGUGCAGCACAGCCUGAGCAAGUGGGAGAGCUUUGACGUAAGUCCGGCCGUCUCGCGGUGGACUGCCGAGGACCACGCCAACCACGGCUUUGUGGUGGAAGUGGUUCACCCGGAAGACGCAGACGGGGACUACAAGAAGCACGUCCGAGUCAGCAGAUCGCUGCAUGACAGCGAGGACUCGUGGCCACAGAUGAGGCCUCUGCUGGUGACGUUCAGCCACGACGGGAAAGGACAUGUGCUCCACAGCCGGCAGAAGCGGCAAGCGAGGAUCAACAAGCCGAAGAAGAAGCACAAAGCCAACUGUAGGAGGCAUUCCCUCUAUGUGGACUUCAGCGACGUGGGCUGGAAUGACUGGAUAGUGGCUCCUCCAGGUUACCACGCCUUUUACUGCCAAGGAGAAUGCCCCUUCCCUUUGGCAGACCACCUCAACUCCACAAACCACGCGAUAGUACAGACGCUGGUGAACUCAGUGAACACAAACAUUCCCAAGGCCUGCUGCGUGCCCACAGACCUGAGCCCCGUGUCCCUGCUCUACCUGGACGAGUACGAGCGGGUGAUCCUGAAAAACUACCAGGACAUGGUGGUGGAAGGCUGUGGGUGCCGCUGAUGGACCUUAAGCAGAGACUUUUUUUUUUGCGAAGACACUUUAUGACCCAGUACUACACUUUUAUUUAUGCUAAAGUAAAAACACAUAUUUUGGAAACAAAGUAUAUAAAGCUAUAUUUAUGUCCAUUAAUGGGAAAAUAAAUAUUUUUAAUUGGAGUUCAGCUAAUGUAUUUUUCUGAUGUACAUUUCAACUAGUACAGUUCCGCAUAUGAAGUAUACAGCUCAGAUUUUUUGUUUUUGUAUUUAUUUCUAGCAUAACCACUUUUAGGGAAUAGUUUAAAUAGUUUAUAUAUCUAUUUAUGUGUACUCAAAGCAAAAAUAUAUAUACAUAUAGAUGUGUAAAACAUCCACAACACACCGUACCACCAUAGAUUGGUUUAUGUGUCUCCUAUCAUUUCUAGAGUGGAAAGCAAGGCUUGUGUAUUGUGAGUUGAUGAAGAUUUAAACCUAAUGUUAAGCGUUUCAGUGACAGUCCCAUCUGCCUUAAUUUUUUUUAGUGUCACAUGAAGCACUGAAUAGGUUGGAUUUCCAGAGAGAGAUUAAGCCUAGUCCUAGACUCUAGACCUAGUAUCUCUUCCAGUGGAGAAUCCCCAUUCACUGUGCUGUAUGCUCUGCGACUAGGCUUAAUCCCUGUCUGGGAAACCAGUCCAAUUGGUUCAGUUAGUUGAGUAAUCCAAAAGCAUGCACUCCAGUUGGGCCUUUCCUGCAGUGAGAAGCAGUGGUGAAUGUGAAUGCACUUAUCUAGAAGCAAUGUGACAGGUAGUUGACACUGAAUGCUCAGGAACUUUGGAACUGUUGGUGUGCGUGAGGUCUACAGUGCGAGCCUAUGAAAUCUAUCAAUAGCCUUACAGACAGUUACUAUAUGUCCUUCUCAUUCUGAUGCAUGGGUUUCCCAAAGGCUAAUCCAUUCCCCUUUAUAGACCCAAUCCCAUUUCUCAAUUGUAACCAACCCCUUGUUUUCACUCUUAAGUGUUGAAAUCCUCCCUCUAAGAAAAGGGACACUGUGAUACGUUGUCAAAACUGUUAGCGAUGCUCUGAAGGCAACCCUGUCACCUGUUUAUGGCCACUCCUUAUUCAUUUGUGAUAGGGAGCUGAAGUUAGCUAGACAUUCACUAUUUUUUGUUCAGAUAAUUUGCCUGUUCCACCGUAAAUCAUGCAGGAGCCGCAGUUGUAACUGAAUGUAACUGCUGCAUCAUUUAAGGUGGAAUGUGAAAUGUAUCUGAACUAUACUAGCAAUGUUUAUUCUUGUUAAUAAGAAAGGGUGGUUAUCAUAUUUUUGAACAAAGAAAGCACAACAUUGGUGGGUCUCUUCGGUCACUUGUGCAGCCAUCUUGCCUGUGGAUUUUUUAUUGUAACAAAUUGUUUGGAAGAAAAAUCAGGAGGGCCAUAAAUAAAUAAAUGUAGCCAUAAUGCUUCACCCUACUCCCCUAUCCCAACGAGAAUUGGAGCUCCCUAAACCCCUAGGUGUGAUUGCACAAAGUGAAAGGGUAAGUGGUAGGGCAAAAGUUUGAAAUGUGUUUGGGCCAUAGUGAAGUCUUAGUAAAGCCUCCCCAGUCUCCCUAAAUGAAUCUAUAUUGUUCACAAGAUGGUAGAAGAGUUAAUUUAAUGCCCUGAUUAUGCCACGAAUGGUUUUGCAAGGGUUGAAAGGGAGGGGGACACUGUUAAAGAAGCAAGGUUCCUUGUCAUUUACUUGUCCAAAAUAUUCUCAUGCUGCUGGAGGUAAAACACUAUAGCAUUUAACCAUUUCCCAACAUCUGUCCUGAUUUUUUUUUUCUUUUUUGGAUGGUUGGUUGUUUUUUUGUUUUUUUUUUACUUGUUCAAGAAAACUGGUGCAACCUCCCACUUCUCAUUUACUUGAACUCAAAUGUCAAAAAUGUAUGAGAAAAUAAUAAACAGCUCUUGUCCAGA